GCAGGGGGCAGUGUAGCAGAAGUCAUUUGAUUAAAGACAGGAAGUUGCACAGCUUGUCUUUGUGUUUCUAAGGAAGCUUCUCAUUUAAAAACUUUGUGAACUUGUGAGCACAUUCACACUUUCUCUUUCUAAUGAAUUCAUGAGCACAAUGUCCUCCUGGUGGGGGUGGAGGUGUCCAACAUUUUCUUCCAAGUUUUUUUUUUUUUGGCCCAAGAAUUGGACAUUCUCAAUUUUUACUACAGCCACAUUUUUUUUCCUCUGUGUCGCCAGCACCGACUGCAUAAGCAGUAACAGAGUGUGUGUGUGUGUGCGUGUGUGUGUGUGCGUACGUGAUUGUCCUCACACUUUCUUCUUUUCAUCUCGACAAAAUCCUCCCAGCUGUUACAUCCCCCCUAAAGUGCACAAACACACGCACACACACACACACACUUGGCAGCUCCAUGGUAGACUUUUGAAUCCACUGUUGCCAUGGCAAUGCAGGAGCGCACGCUCGCUCACAUCGUUUACGUCUCCUUGCUCUCAAAGCAGCUUCUCCUCUCUGACAGGAAGCUUCUUCUCUCCAUCAUCAUCUUCUUCUUCACCUUUUGUCUCCUCGUGCCCUUCACCUCCAGCUCGCUCCCUUGAUCCCUUGCUACCUCCCUUCCUCCCUUCUUCCUUUCCUCCUCAGCCAGGCCAGGCCGUCCACUGAGGAGGACCACCAGUGAGGUGAGGAGAGCACAGGGAGGAAAGCAGAGGGUAAACACGGUGGAUGGAGGAGGCGGUCAGGACUUGACCAGAAGAAGAAGAUGGAGACAAAAAGCAGGAACGUGCCCUCAGAGAUCAGCUUUCUGCCUCGCCCGGCACUGGUGUGGUGCGAGCGAGGCAUUCAGGUGCUGCUGACCACCAUGGGAGCCUUUGCCGCCUUCGCCCUCAUGACGGUGGCCAUCGGCACCGAUUACUGGCUGUACGCUCGCGCCUUCAUCUGCAACAGCACGGCCAACUCGUCUUCAUCGCAGGACGACAGCAGCAGCAGCAAGGACAAGAAGGACCCGGGGGCGCUCACGCACUCUGGCCUGUGGAGGAUCUGCUGCCUGGAGGGCUUGAAGCAAGGUGUGUGUUCCCAGAUCAAUCAUUUCCCAGAUGACGCCGACUACGACCAAGACGCUGCCGAGUAUCUGCUGCGUGUCGUGCGGGCGUCCAGCAUCUUCCCCAUCCUGAGUGCUGUUCUUCUUCUGAUGGGUGGUGUGUGCGUGGCUUCCAGCGGCUUCUACAAGAGAAAGAGGAACAUCAUCUUGGGAGGCGGGAUACUAUUUGUGGCAGCAGGCCUCAGCAACAUCAUUGGAGUGAUCGUGUACAUCUCUGCAGCGCUCAGCGACAUCUCUCCCAAGAAGGACGAGGACAAGAAAUGGCACUACUCGUACGGGUGGUCCUUUUACUUCGGUGGUCUGUCGUUUAUCCUGGCAGAGAUGGUGGGCGUGCUGGCGGUCAACAUCUACAUCGAGAAGAACAAGGAGCUGCGCUGUCGUUCUCGCGCCGACCUCUUCAAGAGCACCACGCACGCCAUGUUGCGUCUGCCCAGCUAUCGCUUUAGGAGACGCUCGCGCUCCAGCUCACGCUCCACCGACCCGCCCCGCUCUCAAGAGAACUCCCCCAUCGGCGCGUCCAAAGCCUUCAGCCUGCCGCCGUCCGCUCCCCCGUUUUCCGUAGCCACCCUGCCUAACCCUCACCACGGCGGUGGCAGUGGAGGCGGGGAUAUCUCCAUGUAUACUCUGUCCAGAGACUCCAAGUUGGGCAGCUUGGGGGGUGGUGCCCCGCCCCUCUACGGCACUGUGGACCGCGCCACGCUCUACCAGCUCCACAACUAUUUCCCCAAGGAGGCCGGCGGGGGUGGCAGCGGCGGAGGGGGCAGCGGCACGCUACCCUCCCAUUCUAAGUCCAACCUAGCGGCCGCCGCCCAGAACACAGCCCCACUGAAUAGUUCCUCGUCAGCCGCCGCUACCACCCCUCAGGCUCCGAUGUCCACCACUACCAUGGAGAGGGACAGGGGCAAUGUGGGAACCCUGGACCGACUUACGGCCAAGAGGGAACGAGACAGCAACUCGGACACGCUCAACAGGAAAACCACGCCAGUUUAAGAGGUCUCGUCCCAAUUUGAGCCAGCAAGAAGUCAAAGGAGGGCUAAGUUCUGUCCUCACAUUAGGACACCUAGUAGCCAUACGGACUUUAGGACACACUAUACACACUAAUGUAUUGGGACACUCCCCUUAAUUAAUCAGGGCUCAUGAGACAUUAUUGUACGCUUCUUACUUCGAAACACUUCGGAGAAACCCCAUUUCUGUCUCCAGGUCUUUAAAAGCCAUGUUUGUAUGAGUUUGAUGUGAAAGAAUGUCAGUGACCACCAAAGAACAAUACUUUGUUCUACUUUUUCCCAGAAGACUUAGCUGGCCCAAUACUUUUGAGCAUACAGUGUGUGAUCAGCAGCUGACAUGUGUUUGAGACAUCUGCCUUAAAAUGACCCCCUGACCUUCUUAGCAGGACCAGCAAGGGUCCAGACUAUGAAUAUUUAUAAUUAUAGUAAAUUUUCAUAAAUUAUUUAUUCAGUUUAUUAUUAUUAUACAUUAUAGUCUGUGUUAAUAUGUAUUUAAGUAUAUUUUUAACAUUGUGUCAUUUUAGUAUUAAUACAUGCUAAUAUAUAAUCAUUUAAUACUAAUGUUAUUAUUUAGCAAUUUAAAUAUGAAUUUUAUGUAUAUAUUUAUUAUUUUAAAUAGUAGUAUUCUUUGUUAGUAGGCAUCACUGUAAAAAAAAAAAAAAAAGUACAACACUGCCAGGUGACUUACUUCAAGCCUGUGAAAUAUUUGCUAAAUCACUUCGAUGUGCGUCGUCUUUUUUUUUUCCUCUCACAGGAAGUCACAGGGUUCUUUCCAGAAGAAAAACGCCUUUUUAUAGCGACUUAAUCUCUUUCUGUUCGUUAACAAAACAAGACUUUGUCGGACGUGCUGGACGUUAUGGACAUUUGACUGUUUUGGAUUUCCACAUUUUGGGUUGUAACCAUCUCCCCUCAUGAAAUGACGUGAUACUGCGGGCACUCGGCCUCUAGUUUAAGUACAUACAUUUUAAACGUUUAGUUUUUUUCAACAUGUUGACAGGAGUGUUUGAGCCUCAAAAGAAAAGCACAUUUUAAGAUAAAACUUCUGAAGCACCAAAUGAGGAACUCUCUAAGAAGCCUUCACUCUACUCUCUAAUGUACAAAAAAUGUACAUGUAGUGUAUUUUCAGUAUGUUGUUUCAUUGUUCGUGACUUUUUUACGUUUUUUAUGAUUUGUGUUGCUUUUUCUGCUCUAAGUGGACUUGACGUGUGCACAAAGUGUUGAUGGUCAAACAACUUCACUUAAAUUUUUUAUCGUUGUUUUGUUCGUUUGAUUUCUGCCUUUUUAUUACUGAGUGUAUUUUUAAUGUUCUGGCUUGUGUACUGAUGAGUGUAGGAAAUAGAAUUGAUGUUGAUUUAUUUAUUGGUGGAACGUAAAAGAUAUAUAUGUAAUAUAUUGAUUGUGUGUCAUGUGACGUCAGUGCUGAGAAAUAGAGCUUUUUGUUAAAGCUUUUUGCCUCCGAAGCAGUGAUGAUAUAAACAUUUUAACAUAAACGCCAGCUCCUUUUCCCAACACACCACAUAUAUGAAAUUAGAACAAUAAAAGAAAGCAAUACGAAAUAGUGGUCGGAAUAUCAAAUACAUAUAUAGACAUAUAUACAGGUAUACAGUAGAUAUAUUCAAUAAAACUUUUUGAAAAUCCUUUGUGUCAUGCGGAUUACUGAAAAGAAAAAGGCUUUCAUACUUCAGGCCUGCAGGAGGAAGCAUAAACUGCGUAUAAUGGCCGCCAUCUUUAACAGGACAUCCAUCCAUUUUCUACCGCUUGUCCCGUUCAGGGUCGCGGGGAUGCUGAAGCCUAUCUCAGUUGCAUUUGGGCGCAAGGCGGGGUACGCCCUGGACAAAUCGCCACAAUUAACCAUUUAUUUGAUGCUUUUAAAUAAUAAAAUAUACCCGAAGUGUCAUGAUCCGUAGUCUGGAUAAUGUUUAGUUUAGUUAUUUUCUGUUAGUUUGGACUCCCUUUGUUGUUUGUGUACCUUUUUGUGAGUCAGUUUGGUCACCAUGGUAACAUAUUAAUUUCACCUGCUGAGGGUGCCAGACGCACACCUGUUUUUGUUAAUUACUUCCUUAUUCAAGCCUGCCCUUGUCCCGUCAGUCGGUCUUGGUCCCUUGUUUGCGGUAUGCAACUGUUUCGUUGGUAAUUACCAGAUUUCUUGUUACCUGAUCCUGUGCUAGUGUUAGCAUUAGCUUCUGUGCUUUCGCCACGCGUUUCUUUUCGUCUGUUUUUGUACCAGUGUUUUGUUAUUAAAUCAUUCUUACCUUUUAGUUGUUGUCCGGAGUGUCUAUGUUUGCGUUGGAGGAACGAUCCCGCAUUAAAAUGCGACCCGCACGUGACA